CUGUGCGUUCUGUUGAGCAGCCCUGGGAGGCGCGGCGGGCUCGCGGCUCGGCUCUUCGCCGUGAGCACCGCCACCCCGUGCUGUGCGGCCAGCUCGGCAGCCACGCAAUGGCCUCAGUGAGCGUUGAGGACGUGGCCGUGCACUUCACCCAGGAAGAGUGGGCUUUGCUGGAUCCUUCCCAGAAGAGUCUGUACAGAGAUGUGAUGCUGGAGACCUGCAGGAACCUCGCUGCCGUAGGAUACAAAUGGAAAGACCAGAACAUUGGCGACCAUCAUAAAAAUCCUGGGAGAACUCUAAGAAGUUACAUGUUACAGACAUUCUGUGAGAAUGAAGGUGGUGACCAAGAUAGAGAAGAAUUGACUUGGAAACCAAAUCUCAGUAUGAGCAUGAAAAGUUCCCCUGGACUAAUACCGUGUGAAAAGAGCGUGUGGGGAAAGACAGCCUGGAAUCAUUCACCCGCUAGUAGACAUGCCACAUCUCACACUCAGUAUAAUCCACAUGAGCGUGAGAAAUAUGUGACCAAGCAAUGUAACUCCGAUUCUCUAAUAAGCUUCCAAAGGUAUAUGAGAACUCACAUUGUGGAUGGGCCAUGUGAAUGUGAGAUAUGUUUAAAAUAUUUUGGUUUUCCAAAUACACAGGAUCAGGAAACUGAUGGUGGAAAAAAUCCAUGUCAAUACAAGGAAUAUGGAAAGACCUCUGUUAAUAUUAGUUCAUCACGUACACAUGGAGGAACUCGUGCUGUAGAGAAAUGUUAUGAGUGUCAUCAAUGUGGUAAAGCUCUGAGCUCUUACAGUUCACUUAGAAGACAUGAAAGAAUUCAUACUGAGAAGAAACCCUAUGAAUGCAGACAGUGUGGGAAAGCCUUUAGAUACCACAGUUACCUUCACUUACAUGAAAGAAUUCACACUGGUGAGAGACCCUAUGAAUGCAGACAGUGUGGGAAAGCCUUUAUAUUUCCUGGUGCCUUGCAGGUACAUGAAAAAAUUCAUACUGGAGAAAAACAUCAUGAAUGUAAACAAUGUGGUAAAGCCUUUAGACGUCAUAGUGAUCUUCAAGUACAUGAAAAAAUUCAUACUGGAGAAAAACCUUAUGUAUGCAAACAAUGUGGUAGAGCUUUUAGACUUAACAGUCAUCGGCAGAGACAUGAACAAACUCAUACUGAAGACAGACCCUUUAUAUGCAAGCAGUGUGGCCGAUCUUUUGAACGUUACAAUAAUCUUGAGUUACAUGAAAAAAUUCAUACAGGAGACAGACCCUUUGUAUGUAUAGAAUGUGGCAAAGCUUUUGGAUGUUACAGUAAUCUACAAUUACAUGAAAAAAUCCAUACUGGAGACAGACCCUUUGUAUGUAAAGAAUGUGGUAAAGCCUUUAUAUGUCAUGGCCAUCUUCAGAGGCAUGAAACAACCCACACUGGAGAAAAACCCUAUGGAUGUAAACAGUGUGGGAAAGCCUUCAGUCGUAACAGUCAUCUUCAGAGACAUCAAAGAACCCACAAGCAGAUGUCUACAUGCCCCAGAAAGUAAUGACCCCACCAAAGUCCAACUAGGCAAACAAAUAGUUGUGUUGGGAUGACUUCUAGGAACAUGGACAACUCAUGGACAGCAGUAUCGUCAUUGUGUUACUCCAGCUGAGUCCUCAAAGGAGCUGCUGCUCUGGAGAUCUCUGCAAAGCUUGCAGGCAGCUCAGCUUACCCGGUGAGAAGCCUCCUCUCAGCAGGUGCUUACUGCUUUUGUAACCUUGGAGAAAGGCCUUGUCCAUCUAUUUUAAGGCUUUGUUUUCUGCAAUUUGUUACUUGUUUACUUACCAAGUCUCCAGCCUCCCUCUUCCUUCCUUCCUUCCUUUCUUUUUUUCACUCUUUCUUUCUUUUUUUUCUGAGACAAGGUUUCUCUGUGUAGCUCUGGCUGUCCUAGAUCUCGCUCUGUAAACAAGGCUGGUCUCAAACUCAAAGAGAUUCAUCUACCUCUGCCUCCCAAGUGCUGGGAUUAAAGCUGUGCCCAGCUCCAGCAUCCCUCGUAUAGGCAGUGUUUCAAUUUAGAGGAAAUUGUUAGCAGUCUUUCUGGCUCUUUCAUUGUUUUUUAUGUUUUUGAACCUUGGUAGAGUGGUAUACACAGCCAUCAAUGUCUAAGCACUGCACUCCUAUGCCACAGCAACCCUCACUUAGCAGCUUCACCAGUGGCUGUAGGCCCUUCAGCACUAAGGUCUUGCAUGUAGUUCUGGCAUGGAACCAGAAGCAGUGAUAGUAACCUUUAUGGUUUGUGGUACCUCAGGGGCCUCCUUGGGCAACAAAUUACAACAGGGAUCCCACGGCUGGCAUCAUAGCAUCUGUCAAGGCCAUGGUCAAGAACAGGCCUAAUCUGUCUUCAAGCUCACCAGCUCUUUUCCAUCUGAUAUAUUCAGCUGUUGAUGUUUUAUAUUACAUUUUAAAUUUUAUUGAGAGAACAUUUUAAUGUAAGUUUUCUGUUUAUUUUUGUUUCAGUUUUAUGUUAAUCUGAUAGAGUAACUGAAUUAUUGUUUGUGAAAUUCUGAAGUUCCUCAAGUUCCUUAAAACAUCAAUUAUAAUCUCUCAGUCAAUGAGUCUUCACGUGUUAGUUGCUGUUUGAUUGGCCACCGGCACUUUAUUUUGUUGAUCCUGUGAGCUUAUGGUUGUUUUGCUCAGAGCAGCUGCAAGCAUAACAAGUUGUUUACAGGAAAUUCAGGGUCUGGGUCCACAGCCCCCAACACUUACUUCCCAAGCACUAUGAUUAAAGGUCUGUAUCACCAUAACUGGCUGUUUUCUAAUCUUUUAAUUAAAAAGAAAAUGGAAAAACAAGCCAUCAAGUAAGAAUACCAAAAUAGCCAGUUGUAGA